AUGUCGAACAACUCCAACCGGACUCAACUUACUACGGCCAAUCUCGUUGCGCACACAACUGCUUUCAACAUUACUGAACCCACCAGCAACAACGAUGACAAUAUUCGUAGAGCGGCUAUCGAGCUCGGCUUCGAGAUGCCGAGCGGAUGGCAAGGCAAUCAAACCUAUGGCAAGCUUCCCAUGGAGCGAUACCUCAACAGUCGGGACGAUCCCUAUGCUCUUAGCGGCUCGAACGAGAUUAAAGAAGAAAAGGGCAACCAGAGACCAAACCUUUGA